AUUGGAUACAUUCUUUUCCGCACUAUACUCUCAGCGGAAUUGUUGAUGAGCUUGGCUUCAACCUAUAAAACGUGACCGACGACCGCAGGUCAACCAUCAAACGUUAGCAGUCUCUCAACCGUUACGCAAGCCAGCACCGAAAGGCACCAUGAAGUUCUUCAUCCUUUUAUCAGUGGCGAUAGCCAUCUCUGCCGGAGCACCAGCUGACGAUACCAACAAUGCCGAAAACGGCAAGAAAGAUAAACGAGGACUCGUGGAAAUUGGUCACAACUUUGGCUACGAUGAGCCACUUCUGGUUGAGCCUCUUCACACGUCACACAUUACCAAGCACGUAACGGUGACCAAGGAUGUCCCCGUCCCAUACCCGGUACCGGUCGAGAAGCACGUCCCGGUGGCAGUGAAGGUCCCCGUUCCGGUUCACGUUGAGAAGCGCGUUCCGGUGGUGGUGGAAAAGAAGGUCCCGGUCUACAUCGAGAAAAAGGUUCAUGUGCCGGUUGAUCGCCCCGUUCCAUACCCGGUCGAAGUUAAAGUUCCUGUGGUUCAAAAGGAGUACGUCGAAGUGGAGAAGCCCUACCCGGUGCACGUGGAGAAGUCGUACCCGGUGUACGUGAAGGAGCCGGUCUACUAUGAACAAUCUCCGGUUUACGUGAAGAACAGCUACUACCACCAGAAGAAACCGUACUACGGUUGAGUGGGAUUGAUGGUUUUUGUCGAGGAUUUCUGUGCUUUUGAACUAAAAUUUUAUUGAACUAAAACAACGCUUUGUAAUAAAUCGUAUUUUAUUGUAAAUAAAUUGAGCAUUACUACUUCUGCA